AGCAGAAGCGUCGUUAUCUGUGCGUCCUGCUGACUGACUGGGGGGGGGGGGGCGUCAUGCUGUGUGGAGAGGAGGCGAUACGCCGAUGAAGUCAAGACGGAAGACUCCAUCGAUUUAAACGAGUGGCGACCGGACAGAGAUGGCCGGCGCAGGAGGGUGUUGUUCAAGCCUGGAGGAACCCAAGGCCCUGAUGAAGAUGGGUCUGAGCAUGGUUCUCAUUGGUCACAUUAACUUCCUGUUGGGGGCACUGGUGCAUGGUGUGGUGCUCAGACACAUCAACCUCCACAAGCAGGCCCGGGCCAUGGAGUACGCCAUCUCUAACGUAGUGGCUCUCACCUCUGGCCUGGUGGGAAUUGCUGUUGGCGUUCUGGCUAUUGUCCUGUCUAAAAACAAGAGGAGUAGAGGCCUGACGUGGUCACUUUUCGCAGUCAGUUUGGCGGCGGCAGCCAUGGCGGCAGCUUCAGGCAUCGGACUCUUCGUGUCUGUUGUGAGGGCCAUCAUUCACGGCGGGCGGAGCCUCCUUACUCACUGCCGCUUCCCCGAUGCCAGUGGCUACUCCAGCGUUACCAACGAGUGUCCGUUUGACCCCACACGCAUCUAUAGUACCACUCUGAUCCUUUGGGUGCCUCUGAUCGUGACUUGUGUCAUCCAGAUGGUGUUUUCUGCCCAGUGCUUUGCUGUCUGCGUGUCAUUCCUGGGUCUUCCUUGCUGCCCUAAUAGGAAGACACCCAGAGACUAUGGCAGAUCGAUCAAUGUGGUGAGGCCGAUGGAGGAAGCUGGUCCAUCUCGAUAUACUGAACCACCAAGAACCUACAAUGAACCUCUACCGCGCUAUACUGAACCUCCAAGAAGCUCUCAAGAACCUCCAAGACGGAGCAGUGCACCUCCAAGACAGCAGCACCGACUUCUUCCUCCUCCUCCUCCUCCACAGCAUCCUCCCCGUCAGCACCAGAGUCUUCCUCCCUCGGAGAGGCGGCCUCUUCGCCAGCCGUACAGGGAAAGGUCAGGCAGAGAGAGGCCAGAAACAAGUGCUGGCAGUCAGCAAAGGGCACCGGAGCAAUACCCACUGCUAGAGAGGGGUACGCUGGAAAGGUCCAGCUUCUGGAUUUAGCCAUAUUUGACAGGCUCAACCUCCCCUAAGAACUAUGUAAUGUAGCUGUAGCUUCAAACAUCAUACUCACAACCCUGUUUUCCUGUCAGUACUUCUCAACUAUGGACUGAGGACGUUUUAUUUAGCAGAACAGUGGACUUGACCUCGAACCUGAUGCAUAGAAUUUCUGAAGCUCGAAAGGAUCUUUGUACUGCGCGUGGAAUCACAGGUGUGUGUGUGUGUGUGUGUGUGUGUGUGUGUGUGUGUGUGUGUGUGUGUGUGUGUGUGUGUGUGUGUGU